CAGUGUUUCCCGCUUGUAUUCGUAGUUCACAUUUUGUCCAUACCUCUUGUUGAAGUCACACAUGCUUUGAACAAAAAGUAGUAUAUAGCCUUAAAAACAAUUAUUUUUACAUAUUGAUAAGAUAGUUCAUAUAUUUGUAGUUGGCAGCAUUGAAAGCACAGAACAGGUUAGCGUGGAACAAGUGUAGCGUGGUAAAGUGUAUCUAGUUUUCUGGAUUUUUGUAUAUUAUCUACAUAUUAUUUUUAUCAUAACUACAUAACAUUUAGAUGUUACUUAUACUCUCAUAAAAAUUGUAAUGUACUUUCAUGAUAUUAAUUAUUGUAUAGUAAAAACUAAUUUAUGCGAUACCAUACAUUUUAAAAGUAAUAAAAAGCAGAAUUUUUAUAUAGCACAUAAUUAAAUUAAAAUUUCUUGUUGUAGAAAAUUUGUGUAAUGGAAUUAGAACGUCCUGAUCGAUUAAGUCAUUGCACAUGGAGAGCAAAUGCGACAAAUACACCACAUACAAUAAGAAAAGAAUUUUCAAAUCGAAAUAAUGUUUUACCUAACAUUUUGGAAGCUAUUGGUCAAACUCCUAUGGUACGUUUAAAUACCAUUCCACAAUUACAUGGACUAAAAUGUGAAAUAUUUGCAAAAUGUGAAUUUAUGAAUCCUGGUGGUUCUGUGAAAGACAGAAUUGCUUAUAGAAUGAUCCAGGAUGCAGAAGAAAAAGGGAUAUUAAAGCCAGGUUCUACUAUAAUUGAACCAACAAGUGGUAACACAGGGAUUGGUCUAGCAAUGGCUGCAGCUGUUAAAAGAUAUAGGUGUAUUAUUGUUAUGCCGGAAAAGAUGUCCAAUGAAAAAGUACUUACUCUACGUGCACUUGGAGCUGAAAUAGUUAGAACACCAACAGAAGCAGCCUGGAAUAGUCCUGAAAGCCAUAUUAGUAUUUCUCAAAAACUUCAAAAAGAAAUUCCUAAUAGUGUUAUUCUUGACCAAUAUACAAAUAGUGGAAAUCCUCUGGCUCAUUAUGACCAAACUGCAAUGGAAAUUUGGAAACAGUGUGAUGGAAAGUUAGAUUAUGUCGUAAUUGGUGCUGGUACAGGAGGAACUGUCAGUGGCAUUGGACGUAAAUUGAAAGAAUUACAUCCUGAAGUAACAAUCAUUGCAGUUGAUCCUAUCGGCAGUAUUCUUGCAUUUCCAUCUGAGUUAAAUGAACAUGAUGUUAGUUUUUAUGAAGUAGAGGGAAUUGGAUAUGAUUUUCUACCUACUGUGCUGGAUCGUAAUGUAGUAGAUAAAUGGGUAAAAGUUAAUGAUUGUGAAUCACUAAAUGCAGCACGCAUGCUUAUCAAACAAGAAGGAUUAUUAUGUGGAGGUAGUAGUGGUGCUGCUUUGUCUGCAUUUCUAAAAAUUGCAAAAGAUAUUCCUGCAAAAAAACGUGUUGUUAUUAUCUUACCUGAUGGGAUACGAAAUUAUAUGACUAAAUUUGUAUCUGAUAAAUGGAUGGAAAUUAGAGGCUUUUUGGACAUACCAUCACUAGAUGAAUCAAAUAAAUGGUGGUCCAAUUACCCAGUUUCAACUUUAUCCAUAACUAAACCUCCUCUAUUAUCCAAAACAGCUACAUGUCAAGAAGCUAUCCAUAUUCUUAAAACCACAAAUUCACAUCAAGUUGUAAUUAUUGAUAAUGAGGAAAAAGUUAAAGGUGUUCUUACAAUGCAAGUACUUAUGAGUAAGCUAAUAUUUGGUGGAAUUAAACAGACAGAUUGUGUAGAAAAUAUUAUGAUAAAACAUUUCGUAAAGGUCUUAUCUACAACGACUCUUGUAAAACUUUCAUUAGUUCUCGAACAUGAAGCUUAUGUAGUUGUUGUAGAUCAUAUAAACAAUGAUGCUUUAGUUGGAAUUAUAAAUCCUUCUGACAUUGUUAAUUUUAUUUCUAGUAAAGACAAUACUUUACAAACUAAUGGAUCCACAUAAGUUUUUGUAUAUCGCUAUUUUUAUAAUUUUAUAUUAAUAAAUUAAUGGAACAAUAUAGAAUUGUAGACAUAUGUAAUUUAUAUUAAAGAAUAUUAUGGUGGAGUAAGAAUUAAAUGUCAGUAAUGUAUCAA